AGUACGAAUUUUCAUGCCUUGUUUUCGUAAAUACUUCUAUGAACAUUUAAAUGAGUCGAAUUCUUCAAAACUGACCGGUAAAUUUUGUUCACUUAACGAGAAUUAACUUCUGGCAUGAUGAGUGCUGAUUUUUUUUUAAAAGUCGUGACGAUACCAUAUAUCGUGGCCAGAAUCACAUUUGAAUACUACACAUACGGUACCCCUUAUUCAAAAACUAAUAAUGAAUUUAAAAACUCUCUCUACAAAAACUUGUUACUUGCCAUUGAAUACCAUGUGUGUGGGAAUUAUAAAAAGCAAGACAUGAAACUUGUAUGCUACCAACCAAUCGAAGAUCUCUUUGCCAAAUAUAAGUCACUGUUACUAACUGCGCAAUUAAAUAAUUUUGGUACAAAAUUUGAUGAACAUGGCUAUUGGAUUCAUCAAGCAGAAACCAAGGAUAACGUAUUGGUUUAUCUUCAUGGUGGAGGAUAUUUGUUGAAUUUAUUUGACUGCCAAUUGGUGUUUGCUGGUGCGUUACAUUAUGCCUUGGAUGAUCAUACCCAAACCAACACUUCAAUUAUGGUUCUAGAUUAUUCAUUAACAAUGUUUGAUAAAGUUUAUCCUACCCAACUCUAUGAAGCACUUGUUAACUAUAAGAACUUGGUAGUUGGUGGAUAUAAAUCUAUCUCCUACAUUGGUGAUUCAGCAGGAACCCAUCUUGCUCUUGGUGUUGCUAGAAGUCUAGCAUAUCCCCAUGAAAUUAUCUCCCAGUUCACAAAUUUCCCAGAAUUCAAUUUCAGUGCCGAUUUUUUUAAAUUAAACGAACAAGAACAACUCCCUCAACCAAAAUCACUCAUUUUAAUUUCACCUUGGGUACAACCUUGUACACCUCCAUUAGUUCCCAACCGCCGUGGUAUAAAUACUUGGGGGGAUCUAGGCGCUGAGGAUAUAACUUUGGGUAAUUUCUUCCUUGGUAACAACAAUAUUCAUUUGAUCAAUAAUUUCUUUACAUUUACGAAUACCAAUUUCGAUGAACAUUGGGCUAAAGUUGAACCGAUCAAUAAUGGCAACACUAUGAUCAUCGUUGGUGAAAGAGAAGUGUUGCGCGAUAGUGUCGAUGACCUUUACGAAAUUAUUAAUAAAUUGGGCACAAUAGAAUAUUAUGUGGAAGAAGGUGGUAUCCAUGCAGGGUUGGUAUAUGUUGAAAGCUUGGAUUAUUAUGGUGAUUCUGGAAGUAAGAAAGCCAUCCGUGGUGAUUUUAAUAAUAAGUAUGCAUUUAAUCUUGUUGCUGAUUUCCUUAGUAGAAGAAAGUAAUUACUCUAAACUAUAGAAAAACUUAUGUCUAAUGAAAUAUUUAAUCUGCUUUGUAAAUUAGAUCUAAAUGUAAAAGAUUCUCGGGAUACCAUUCUCUCCUCUUCUAAAUGAAAUAUAAUGAUAUGGUAAGUUCUAUUUUUAGACUGAUUUCAAUAAAGGGGGGGGGAGGGUUUUAAUUGCUUUAACAAACGAAGUUUUAGAUGAAACGAGGGAUGUACACAUUGUUAAUGAGAUCCCUUUAGCCUCUUACAUCAUACCACAUCAUACCACCAGAAACUUACUUUUAUUGCUAUUUGAAAGUGUCUGGUGGUGGCUAUACGACCACUUUUUUUUUUUCAAAUGGAGAAUGCGGUUAUAAUUGCCGAAAAGCAAUGCCCACAACAAAGAGAUUACAUAAAUGUUGGUGUUGAACUUGGUACAUAGUUAACCCUUGCUUCUAACAAGGCUGUGUGUAUAUAUUUGUUGUUUUGGCUUUUGAGACUUUAUCCGUAGUAUCCGCUUGUAAGAAACGUGAAUUCUAUCUCUUGCU